ACGAGACAAAAAUAGGACGAAACCAACAAAAAAAAUGGAUAGCAAAACAAUUUUCUCAAAAAUAUAUCUACUUUUCUUAUAUGUUUCUAUUGUUCAAGCUCAACCUACUGUUUUUGAUAUAACAAAAUUUGGAGCAGUAGCUGAUGGCAAAGCAGAUACAAGUCAGGCUAUAUUGAGUGCUUGGAAAGAGGCUUGCGCAGCAACAGGAUCUAGCAAAAUUUUGAUUCCAACAGGGACAUUCUUGUCAGGUGUAGUGAGUGUCGCAGGUCCUUGCAAGGGAGGAAUAGAGAUUGAAGUUCAAGGAACGUUGCAGGCCCCACCAGACUUGCAAGGGGAAGGUUGGUUUAAUUUUGAUCAUGUUGAUGAAUUCACUAUAUCUGGAAAAGGAACUUUUGAUGGUCAAGGUGAAAGUGCAUGGAAAGCAAAUAAUUGUGCCAAAGAUCCAAAGUGCAAGCCAAUGCCUAUGAAUUUUAGGUUUAAUUUCAUUAAGAAAGGCCUAGUCCGUGAUGUGACCUCUCUCAAUAGCAAGAAUUUUCACGUCAAUGUCUUGGGAUGCGAAGACUUUACAUUCCAAAGCUUUAUAAUUACCGCACCUGAAACUAGCAUUAACACAGAUGGAAUUCAUAUUGGACGAUCAAAGGGGGUGAAUAUUAUUGAUACAAAAAUAGGUACAGGUGAUGAUUGUAUCUCUAUUGGUGAUGGAACCCAAAAUCUAAAAGUUUCAAAAGUUACAUGUGGACCUGGUCAUGGCAUCAGCAUAGGAAGCCUGGGUAGGUAUGAAAAUGAAGAACCCGUUUCUGGAAUCACCGUUACAGGUUGCACCCUUACCAAUACAAUGAAUGGUGUCAGAAUUAAAUCUUGGCCAGCACAAUUUGGUGGCAGUGCAUCUGAUAUCCAUUUUGAGGAUAUUACUAUGGAAAAUGUCUCGAAUCCUAUCCUUAUAGAUCAAAAUUAUUGCCCAUAUGGGCAAUGCAAUGAUAAGGGGCCAUCAAAAGUCAAGAUUAGUGGCGUUAGCAUUAAAAAUAUAAAGGGAACUUCUGCAAGUGCUCUUUCCGUUAAACUUGAUUGUAGUAGUGGAUUCCCAUGCGAAAAUGUGGAACUUGCUGACAUCGACUUAGCAUAUAGUGGUGCUGAAGGACCAGCAAAAUCUGAAUGCACUAAUGUUAAGCCAACAAUUACAGGGAAGCUAAAUCCAGCAGGCUGUCAAUGAAUAACAGUAGCACAUGCAACAAUAUAUUUUAUUAGUUAUCAUUUCUAUAGAGAGGAAAGUAAAAUUGCAUUUUCAUGUGCAACAUGUUACUACAAAUAAGUGGUGACUAAUGACAAUAAAUUUUGUUGGUUUUUGUUUAAUUCUAUCUUAUUUUAAUUUUUCAUUUAGUGUCUAACAGUAACAAAAGGCUCUAAGCUUGUAUCCAUUUUU